AUGAGCUUCGUGGGGCCCAAACCGACACCGACCUCCCGCAUACGGAAGGACGACUCGCCGGAAACACGCAGCAACGGCAGUAGUGUGUCGCCAGUGGAUACCUCACCGCGAACCGCGCCACAAGAGGCGCAGCUUCAGCUCCCGAAGCGACGUGACUGGUACCGGAUUCCGAAUGCGGCAAGCGCCGGCGGAGUCGGGUUCUCUGAUCGAGCAGAGCUCGAGCGACAGCGCCACGUUGUCCGGGAUAUGCUUCGGCAGGUUGGUUCUAGCUUCAUUGAAGGCAAAGACCUCGUGAACGUAAGUUUACCGAUUCGUCUGUUUGAGCCGCGCUCGUUCCUUCAGCGCCUAACCGAUGAUUGGGCGUAUUGCUCAACGCUAUUGAAAGCAGCUGCGCACGCGACCGACACACUCGAUCGCUUCAAGUUAACGAUUGCGUUUGCCAUUGCGGGUCUACACAAGUCGGCAACCAUGUUCAAACCGUUCAAUCCUUUGCUUGGGGAGACCUUUCAAGCGUGUAUGCCUAGUGAUGGAACCCGGAUUUAUCUGGAGCAAACUUGUCAUCACCCGCCGGUGACGCACUGGCGCAUCCGUGCCGCAGACCGAUCCUAUGAGUUCACCGGUUUCGGCGCGUACAGCGCUCGCGUGCAGCUAUUUGAGAACGCGAUUCGCGCACAACGCCUCGGCGUCAACGUUGUCCAUUUUCGCGAUGGAUCGCGCAUUAUUUUCUGGCUACCCUACAUGAAAAUACAUGGCAUUGUGUUUGGCGAGCGGCGCUUGGAAUAUCUAGGAAAGGCGGUGUUCUUGUACGAACCGCCACGCAAUUUCACGACAUCCGGUAUACCGAGCCGAGCCUCGCUCUCAGACGGUGAAAACACCGAACAACGGCGAAGCAGCGAGACUUUUGCGGAGCCGGAUCGAGCGCUCGUUGCGGUCAUGCUUCUGAACAGCGAAAAAACUGGAUUCGUUGGCACGCUUCGUGGCGUUGCACGCGGCAUCGGUCGCAUGUUUGGCGGUCGUAACAACAACAACAGCAGCAGCAAUAACGCUAACGCUAACACCAAUGCCAAUGUCAGCAAGAGAACCCCAGUCGCAGGUGGCCGUCCCGUUAGCUACCCGACAGGGCGAGCUUCGAAUGGCGCCAUAUCGGGGUUGGAUACGAGCCGUCCGAUACCAACAGAUGUGUUUCGUGGCAUCAUCGCUAGUGUGGAUGCACCACAGACACCGAACGCUGGCUAUCUUGCCGGUGACGACUCGAGCACGACUCCAAGUCAGCCAGGCAGGCCCGGGCAACCCAUACUGAACGCACAGCGACGCAAAAGAAUUACCCGCCGGCAGGUCAAGCAGCUUCUGGCAGAGUUUGCUACGCGUAAUGGUCCGCUUGCCUCCAGUCCAUGGUCGUCCAUGGACUGGCGAGCGAGCCAAGACGUGGACCAGGUUGCCGUUCGAGAGCAAGCGCCGAGUCUGUCGGUCACCGAUGGCGUCUCCGAUGCAAACCUGCAGCGUUCGUCGUUGUCGUCGUCCUCAUUGGCUUCAUCGGCACGCAACGAUCCGUACCGGGGCGCCGGCAGACGCCAGCGUUCCCACAGCGCCCUCGAUCCCGUUGUAUUAUGUAGUUUCGAGGGCACAUACCUCGGAUUCGUUGAUUUUGAUGGGCAACGAUACUGGGAUAUUCGUGAUAUGCCAGGUGAGGCGCCGCUUCCGGUGCCGCUCGAGGAGGCGCUGCCCAGCGAUAGCCGUUUCCGCGAAGAUGCGCGGGCGCUUGCAGGCGCACUGCAGCCUGGGUUAAGUGAGCGAGAGCAAAGCGAUCGCAUGAUGAAGGCGCAAGCAGCAAAAGAACGCGUGGAGAAUCAACAGCGUGCAGAUCGGGUCCUUCGCGAACGAGGUCGCCGCGAGCGUGGCAUCAAAGAAUCCAACGCAUUUGUUCCUGAGCGCAUUCUCCGCGAAGAUACGUGUUACUGGCCUUGA